GAGAUCAGAAUAGUAGAAAUAAGCGACUAAUAACGUAAACAACUUUAUAAACAGACUACCUCACCUAUACUGAGGAAGAUUUUUAUUAACCCCAAUUGUGUAAAGGAAGACUUCAUUAAAUUGUUUCGUCUUUAUUCAUUACUUAAUGUCCUAUUUAAAUUUCGAAGAUAUAUUCUUACAGGGCAAUAAAACUGUCUUAUAUAUACUCGACUAUAUAAACCUGCCUAUCAAAAAACUCUAUCAAUAUAAAGUAAAUUCCCUGUAAUAGUAAUGGGAAAAAGUAUAGAAAAUGCUUUUGUAAGGUUAUUUCCAUGCAGAUCUUUAUAUUUUAUAUUAUCUUCUUAUCUCAUAUAUUAUCUUCUUUAUGUCGCUGGAAAUGAUUUUCUUGAACGAUUUAUAUUAUUAAUAAACUAUUCAUGCAGUGUGUGUUAAAUGCUUCCUGACAGAAGAAAAUUUCAUUAAAGACAAUAUCACUUUAUUUGGUAGUAACAUUCUAUGUUCGGACACUACCAGCAAAUAAUGUCUGUGUAAUGUGUGUCAUAGAGAUAAUGAUGCUCUAACACAAAAAUAAUUCUAUACAAAGUAAUUUAAUGUUUGUAGUUUAUGUAGUGAAUAAGUAGUUGCUUAGUACUCUGGUAGUGUAUGUGAUAAAAAAAUUUCGAGUAAGCAAGAGUGACCGAUAGUUAAUACUUUUUAUAUUAACUAGAAAUUUAUUUCUUGCACUACUUUUCAUCAAAUUGUUCACAUUUUUCUGCUCUCAGUUGAGAAACCUUGUUCAUGCAGCAUGGGAAAAAAAAGUUUUUCUCAGAAAAAUAAACUUAUUGAACAUAGUGUUAUUCAUCUUGUAAGAAAAUCUUAUUCUUGUGGUAUAUGUAAUAAAAGUUUUUCAUGUAGAGGUAAUUUGAUUAAACACAGUCUUGUUCAUACUGGUGAAAAACCUUAUUCUUGUAGUAUAUGUAAUAAAAGUUUUUCACUUAGAAAUAAUUUGACUCAACACAUUAAAUUUCAUACUGGGGAGAAACCUUAUUCUUGUGGUAUAUGUAAAAAGAGUUUUUCACGAAGGGAUAAACUGACUGAGCACAGUCGAUUUCAUACUGGGGAGAAACCUUAUUCUUGUGGUAUAUGUAAAAAGAGUUUCUCACGAAGAAAUAAACUGACUAAUCACAGACUUGUUCAUUCUGGUGAAAAACCUUAUUCUUGUAGUAUAUGUAAUAACAGUUUUUCACAAAAAGGCCAUCUGAUGAGACACUGCCGUAUUCAUACUGGUGAAAAACCUUAUUCUUGUAGUACAUGUAAUAAGAGUUUCUCACAAAGAGAUAAACUGACUGAACACAGUCGAUUUCAUACUGAGGAGAAACCUUAUUCUUGUGGUAUAUGUAAAAAGAAUUUCUCACAAAGAGAUAAACUGACUGAACACAGUCGAUUUCAUACUGAGGAGAAACCUUAUUCUUGUGGUAUUUGUAAAAAGAGUUUCUCACGAAGAGAUAAUCUGACUAAUCACAGACUUGUUCAUUCUGGUGAAAAACCUUAUUCUUGUAGUAUAUGUAAUAACAGUUUUUCACGAAAAUGCCAUCUGAUGAGACACUGCCGUAUUCAUACUGGUGAAAAACCUUAUUCUUGUAGUAUAUGUAAUAAGAGUUUUUCAGACAGAAGUAAACUGACUAAACACUGUCUUGUUCAUACUGGUGAAAAACCUUAUUCUUGUAGCAUAUGUAAUAAAAGUUUUUCAGAAAGAAGUACACUGACUAAACACAGUCGUGUUCAUACUGGUGAGAAACCUUACUCUUAUAUUAUGUAAUAAGAGUUUUUCAGACGGAGAUAAUACAAGGGGUGAUCAAAUGAAAAGGUACGAAACGACACGGUGGGUACAAAUGUAGACUUUAUUCAAAAUAUACACCAUAGGCGUGAGCAAAACGAUCCCACUGAUGAAUAAGCCGCAGAAUUUCUUGUUCCCUGAAUUCCUGUGGCCGUGACGAGGCCCAGUCCUUCACAGCAUCCUUGAGUACGCCGUCCGAGCUGAAGCACUUCCCUUUCAGGUGUUUCUUCAGUGAACCAAACACAUGGAAAUCGUAGGGAGACAUGUCCGUACUGUAGGGCGAAUGGUCCAACAUCUCCCAUUUGAACUUAACCAGUUCCACGUGUGUGAAUCUGGAGACGUGUGGGCGCGCGUUAUCAUGGAGCAGAACCACACCCUCCGUGAGCAGCCCCGGUCUUUUGUUCUUGAUGAACCUGUGUAAGCGUCGGAGUGUCUCACAGUACAUAUAGGAGUUAAUGGUUUUUCUGUGCUGGAGUUUCUGUUCCUCAUGCGGACUGCCGCAUCAUUUGGACGCCGCUUUUGAUAAGAGCCCCUGCUCUCUCCUGCGCAUGCUCCGAGCCCCUGUCAGAGACUCCAAUCGCAUCUGGAGAUGCCUUGCAACGUUUUCCCAUGGCGGAAUAUGCAAAUACUUAACUGUUACUUUUUUACGUGGUUUCGGACCUCUUCAUUUGAUCACUCCUUGUAUAUCUAGCUAUAUUCUAUCUAUAGAAGCUAUAUUCUUGUAUUUGUAAAAAUUAUUUUUUACUUAAAGACUAUCCAGGUAAUCACAGUUGUAUUCAUACCUAUGAAAAACUUCAUUUCUGUAGCAUUAGCAUAUGUAAAAAGAGUUCAUUUCAAAAGUUUGACUUCGCUUUUUCUGUUUGUCUUUACAUUAAUGAAAAAACCUUUUUUCUGUAGCAUAAUGUAAUUAGAGUUUAUCUCAAAACUGUCCUCUUACUAAACACAAUCAUUUUCAGAAAAGUGAUACACCAUAUUUUAGAUGAAUUUUCAAUAUGAAUUGAAUUAAAUGAAUUUUCAAUAAUUCUGAUCUAAAUAUUUACAUUAGAGUUCAUACUCAUGAGGAACCUUAUUCUAGUAAUAUAUGCAAUAAGUGUUUCUGAAGUAGCACUAAUC